AUGUCGUCGUCGUCUAGACCUGAAUUGAAAUUCUCCGACGCUUCCGAAGAAAGGGGCUUCUAUAAACGGUAUGCAACGCUUCCGGAAAAGACAUCGGAGACGAUUAGAAUUGUGGAUAAGGGUGAUUAUUACACAGUUGUGGGCCAAGAUGCUUUGUUUGUCGCAGAUAGUGUUUAUCACACAAAUUCUGUCUUGAAAGAUUGCCGUAUAGAUAGCAGCACAGCGAAACAGAUCAAAGAACCAUUGAAAUAUGUGACAAUAUCCCCACAAGUUCUUUCAGGAUUGCUGAAAACGUGUUUAUCAGAGCAAGGUUACAGAGUUGAGAUUUAUGAUCGUGCGUGGAAACUUCUGAAGACUGCUUCUCCAGGUAAUAUUGAGCAAGUAGACGAUUUGAUGAACUAUUCGAUGGAUUCUUCGAUAGUUUUAGCCAGCAUCAAAUUUCAAGCAAAUGCACAAGAGGGCAAUUGCGUACUGGGGAUAUCUUUUGUUGAUAGCAGUUCUUCGAAAAUUGGCAUGUUGGAUUUGGUCGACAAUGAAGUUUAUUCUAAUUUAGAGAGUUUUGUCAUUCAAAUGGGCGUCAGAGAGUGUCUACUUCCUGACCAAAGGCACAAUGAAAGUGUUGCCGCGGAACUAAAGAAAAUGGUUGGCGUGUUGGAUCGUUGCGCUUGUGUGACAACAUUUGUGAAGAGUUCAGAUUUUUCUCAAAAAGAUGUCGAGGACGAUCUUGUCAAGUUGAUUGGAGAUGAACUAUCAUUGUCGCUAAUGAAAUUUUCCAACCUGGCACUAGGAAGUUGCAACGCGUUACUCAAGUACCUCGAACUCUUGACGAAUCCGGCAAAUUAUGGUAAAUACGAAUUGGUGACCCAUUCCCUUUCGGAGUUUAUGAAACUGGAUGCAUCUGCUCUGAAGGCUCUUAACAUUUUCCCACCAAAUAACUCGAAUUCAAGUGGGCCGUCCAUUACACAAAGUUUAUCUGGCGGCGGUGGCAAAAUUUCAAGCAUUUUCCAACUUCUCAAUAAGUGCAAAACCGCUGCUGGUGUGAGACUAUUGAAUGAGUGGCUGAAACAACCUCUAACAGAUCUUGAAGCAAUUGUGAAAAGGCAUGAUCUUGUUGAUUUCCUCAUUGAUCAGCUGGAACUAAGACAAAUCCUCCAAACGGAUUACCUGCCCGCAGUACCAGACGUCCGCAGACUCACGAAGAAAUUGAACAAAAAUGGUAACCUAGAAGAUGUGCUUAAAAUCUACCAAUUUGCUACCAGAGUCCCUGAAGUUGCACAACUUCUUGAGGACUACUUGAAAGAUUUAGGCGAAGAUUCGCAUGUUCGAGAUCUGGUCGUACAGACCUGGCUUGAACCACUUAAUUCACACGUUACGCCGUUGGAUAAAUUCAGAGAAAUGGUCGAGACAACGGUUGAUCUUGAUGCGUUGGAAGAAGCAAAUGAGUUUAUGAUUAAAGUAGACUUCAACGAGGAUUUAGCAAAGAUUAGGGCAGAAUUGGAUAUUUUAAAGGACAAAAUCAAAGCAGCGCAUUUGGACGCUGCCGAAGACCUUGGGUUCGACCCUGAAAAGAAGUUAAAGCUCGAGAAUCAUCAUAUGCACGGAUGGUGCAUGCGGCUGACAAGAAAUGAUGGCAAAGCUCUAAGACAGCACAAGAAAUAUCUAGAGUUGUCCACCGUGAAAGCUGGUAUCUAUUUCAGUACGAAAGAGCUCAAGUCUGUUGCUGAACAAACAGCGCUGCUACAAAAAGAGUAUGACAGGCUUCAGGAAGAUUUAGUCAAGCAAAUUGUCCAGAUCACUUUAACUUACACACCUGUCUUGGAAAAACUGUCUAUCGUGCUAGCCAAUUUGGAUGUUUUGUGCUCGUUUGCGCACGUUUCGUCCUACGCGCCGCUGCCAUAUGUAAGACCCAAAAUGCAUGGGCUCGGAGCACAGCGGAAGACCGAACUGAUAGCCUCCAGGCAUCCCGUCUUGGAAAUGCUGGACGACGUCACAUUCAUAUCCAACGACGUUAAAAUGGAAAGCGGGAAAAGUGAGUUUUUGAUCAUUACGGGUCCUAACAUGGGUGGUAAGUCGACUUACAUCCGCCAGGUGGGCGCUAUUUCUCUAAUGGCACAGAUUGGAUGUUUUGUGCCAUGCGAAACGGCAGAAAUAGCAGUGGUCGAUGCCGUAUUGUGUAGAGUCGGUGCCGGCGAUUCUCAAUUGAAAGGUGUCUCUACUUUCAUGAUGGAGAUGCUAGAAACGGCGUCCAUCUUGAAAAAUGCCACGAAAAACUCUCUUAUCAUUGUCGAUGAGUUGGGACGCGGUACCAGUACUUACGAUGGUUUCGGGCUCGCGUGGUCCAUAUCCGAGCACAUCGCUUCCAAGAUCCACUGUUUCACGCUUUUCGCGACCCAUUUCCACGAGCUCACCUCUCUGGCAGACAAGAUCCCUACGGUACAGAACAUGCACGUCAUAGCUCAUGUUGAACAAGCAAGCGUCGUGUCUCACAGCGCAGACGACAUAACUCUUCUCUACAAAGUGGAACCUGGGAUUUCGGAUCAAUCAUUCGGUAUUCAUGUCGCAGAAGUAGUCCAGUUUCCAACCAAGAUUGUGUCCAUGGCCAAACGUAAGGCCUCAGAGCUUGAACUACUGAAACAAGGUCCGGAAGCAAUCAAAAGGCAGAAUUGCAGUAUAGAAGAGAUCGCAAAUGGUACUCAAGUCGUGAAAACCGUCCUGAAGGACUGGGUCGCGCAGGUUCGCGCAAAGAACCUUGACCGACCUGACGCUCUCUCAGAAGAACAGAACCAACAGAAUAUUGUCGAUCUACUACGACAAUUGUCAGACGAACCCAACGUGAAGGACAAUGUCUUCGUCAAGGAAAUCAAAGAACUGCUCAUGUGA